UAAAAAAUUGAUCAAAGAGGAGAAGAAGAGGAGUACUGCAACGGUGAAAAAUAUGCCUCACCCCCUUUUGAAUUCUUUCAUUGCAUUCAUUACCAGAAGUAAAAGAUCAUGUCAACUAAAAAUUGAUCAAGGAGAAGAAGAGCAGCAGAAUGAGAUGGAAAGAGGAGGAGGAGCAAGUAGUACAAAUUAUCAUCUUCCUGAAGAAUUGGUGAUUGAAAGUAUUUUGACGAGAUUACCAGUUCGGACUCUAGCAGUUUGUUGUUGCGUCUGUAAGUUAUGGUAUAAUUCUACCCUUCAUGAUUCAAGAUUUUCUGUGAUUCACUAUAAUCAAAACAAAAAUAAAGAAUUUCUAGUCUUGAAUCUACUAAAUGUAUCUUGAGGUGGGGAUUUACUUACUUUUUCAGUUUAUUAGGACGAGAAACUGUGGAAAUUAGUAUACUGUCAGCUGUAUGUGUUAAAGAUACAUAUGAACUAGUAGGUUCUUGCAAUGGUUUAACUUGUAUGAAACUAGUCACUGAACCUGAUGAUACUCGUGGUUUGAUACUUGUCCUUAACCCGAACAGGGGUGAAUCGCUUGUCCUCUCUUAUCUACUUCCUACUGGGGGGUAUAUCUGCAUGUGUCAUGGUUUUGGUUUUGAUUUAGUAUCACAAGUGUACAAGGUUGUUAUUGUUUUUACUUCAAAAGCCAACAGGAAGUAUCUUUGCAUGGUCAUUACAUUGGGAACUAUAAAAUGGAGAACCCUAGUUACUAGUUAUUUUGAUAUCUCACCACCACCAGGUUUUUCCCCUUUUCAUAGUCGAAUGAUCACUAGAACUUCAAGUACGUUGUGUAGACAAUCCACCCUUUGCGGGGGUGAUCUUUUUUGGAGGACGAAGAAUAAAGUUAGUGAUAGUAAUUACAGUGAAAUGUUGCUCUCGUUCGACCUCCACAACAAGAAGAUUCAUUUCAUUCGACUCCCGGCUGAUUGUACACCGAUAACACCGACAGAUGAGCGUCAGUAUUUAGCAGAUGAUCAUCUUCUGGAGUUUAAAGGAUACCCUUGUGUUGCACGUUCUGAGAGGGUAACAAGAUCCAACAAUGAUCAUUGCGGCCAUCGUUGUAAUUAUCAGAGCGGUAUUUGUUGUUGUUGUUACAAGGUUCAUAUCUAUAUAUUGACGGACAAGGACAAGCAAGUAUGGACCAGGGAGGAAACUUUCGAUGUUCAGAUUAUGGAUCAAGAAAGUUCACUACCAACUCCCCUCUGUUGCUACUUCGACACUUCUGCUGCUACGCCUCCUACACGUAUAUUGACUUCCUCCGAUCAGGUAUUAUUGUAUUGGUUUAAUGGGGAACGUCUUAUACUCUACAAUUUGCAAGAGAAACAUCUCAAGGUGGUAGAAUGCUCCCUCUCCUAUUCUAGUGUUUUUCAAACUAAAAUGAACGAAGACCUAGAGCGUCGUAUUGGUGAUGGCGAUAAUAUUUUUUGCCCCUCCAUGGAUUAUCAGCUGCGCUCUCAAGUGGAGAACAUCGUUUCUCUGAAAACCCUCAUUCCUAAAGAAGCUAAAAUUAGUGAAUCUGAUUGUGCUGAUGUGAUACACCCUUUAGAUAACAGCCUAGCGACAGGAUGGCUGACUACAGGAAGAACAGGACCAGUAAGGUACAGGUAAUUUUAGGAGUUAACUCUAUAAUUCUGAGCAAGAGCUUAUAGCUUUACCAAUUUUGUCUGCACGUGCAUGAAGUGAUUGACUAGGGCAUGCCUUUUGCAGUUCCAGAAUAUCAAAGAUGCUUGGAGUCAUUACAGCAGUAUCGAUCAGGGUUUAAAUUCGUGUGGAGCUAUUAAUAGUCGAUUUACAUUUUGGUUCCCAAAUGUUAGAUCAAAAUUGCAGAAACCAAAGCUUGCAAAUUGGGAACUGAAUUGGCGGGCAAGAUUAAAUGUUGAUAAAGUGAUAAUAUAAGGUGAUGCUGCAAAUGUUACAAAAGCAAUUUUGGGCGACAACAGAAAAAUCUCAUGAAGCAUAAAAUCUUUGGUGUUAACAAUCAGAGACGCGGCGUUGGAUGUUGUUCAAGACCUUGCGUGGACUACUGGUGCUAUGUGUUCCUAAUUCUGAAAAGACUAGAUUGUCUUCCAGACUUAGCUGUAUGAUUGUGGAUGGUGAGUGGUCUUUUUCUGAUGAUAUGCUGAGAAUUUGGACUCGUAUUGGUGUGGAUGUGAAGAAGAUUAUAAAGCCUGCUGGAGGUGAGCAUAUGCAAGUUUUGAUGUCAGAGAAGUUGGGCAAGUUUACUGUCAAAUCUGCAGCGGAACUAAUUAGAACCACGCCAUGCUGCUUGUUUUGAACGUUCGUCCUCAACAUCCUUUUUCACUCUGAUUCUUCUCGCUGCUGUAUUUGUUUGAACUUGUUGUACAAUUUAUAUUUGUAUAGGCAGCAUAUAAGUUGCAACAAAA